AUGAGUAAAUCAGGAGCCGCUUCCAAAUUCAGCCAUCUCCCUCGUGCUGCGAAAGGACCCAUUGAAUGUCCCUUGGAGGGCUCCGCACUUCUGCAGUCUUCAUACUACAACAAAGGAUCGGCUUUCCCCGAUGACGAGCGCCAGGAAUUUCGACUGCAUGGCCUCUUACCUCCGAAUGUCCAGACGUUAGACGAGCAGAUUAAGAGGGCCUAUGAACAGUAUUCCAGCCGACCAGAUGAUUUGGCCAAGAAUACUUUUAUGGCAAGCCUGAAGGCGCAAAACGAAGUGCUGUAUUACAAACUCAUCCAAACUCACCUCAAAGAGAUGUUCAGUGUCAUCUACACGCCCACAGAAGGUGACGCAAUUCAGAACUACUCGAGGUUGUUCAGGCGACCCGAAGGGUGCUUCCUGAACAUCCAUGACCUAGACCGGAUCGAGACCAGUUUGUCACAGUUUGGUGAAUCUGGUCGGAAUGAAGAGAUCGACUACAUCGUCGUGACGGAUGGCGAGGAGGUAUCGGAUACAUCCACCAGAACUAGCUUCCUGCAGCUGACAUACCCGGUUCAAGAUUCUAGGAAUUGGCGAUCAGGGAGUGGGAUCGAUCCUCAUCUCGGUCGCGAAACUUGUUCUGACCACUUUAUGCGCUGGGAUUCAUCCUUCAAGGCAGCUGCCAGUGGUUUCCGUCACCCCCGGGUUAGAGGAGAAAAGUAUGACAGUGAAGAUUUUGGCCUGAACAAUGCACGAAGACUUUUGGACAAGUAUCGUCCGCGUGUUCCAUGCUUCAAUGACGAUAUCCAAGGUACCGGCUGUGUGACCCUGGCGGCUCUGAUGGCGGCUCUGCACGUCAGCAAGAUCACACUCAGCGAAGUUCGCGUCGUGAUUUUCGGAUCUGGAUCUGCUGGUACAGGCAUCGCCGAUCAGAUCACAGAUGCCAUCGCCACGGAGAGCAACAAGUCCAAGGGAGACGCCGCCAAGCAAAUCUGGUGUCUUGAUAAACCAGGAUUGCUUCUCAAAUCCUACAAGGACAAGCUGACUCCAGCGCAAGUACCGUUCGCGCGAGACGACUCGGAGUGGCCAAACAAGGAGCAUCUGGACCUCUUUAGUGUCGUCAAGACGGUGAAACCGCAUGUACUGAUCGGAACAUCCACCAGACCAAAUUCUUUCACGGAGGAUAUCGUCAGGGAGAUGGGAAAACAUGUGGAACGACCGGUUAUCUUCCCUCUGAGCAACCCGACCCGGCUGCAUGAAGCCCAGCCUAAAGAUAUUAACGACUGGACGGAGGGCAGAGCCUUGAUCGCAACAGGUAGCCCAUUUCCUCCUGUGGAAUACAACGGUGUCAAGUACGAGAUUGCGGAAUGCAAUAAUUCCACUUGCUUUCCUGGCAUUGGUUUGGGCGCAGUCCUGUCUCGAACACUUCUCCUGUCGGACAAGAUGCUCGUUGCCGCGGUCAAGGCAUUAGCUGCGCAGUCACCGGCACUUAAGGACCCGAAUAAGCCUCUCCUCCCGGACGUUGUGGAUGUCCGAGAAAUCAGCGUUCACAUCGCCAAGGCAGUGAUCAAGUGCGCCAUGAGGGAAGGUCUGGCGCAGGAAAAGGAUAUACCCAUGGAGGAUGGGGAACUUGAUGAGUGGAUCCGAACGCAGAUGUGGGAUCCAGAGUAUCGACCGCUUGUGAAGCCGGCGAAGCCAAAGUCUACUUGA